AGUUCAAGUUUGGUCGCGACCGGUAUGACCUCGUAAGACUUUAUUUUGUUUCCAGUGUUUUUGUAGUGUGUGAUUUGUGCAGAGUGCAAUGUACUCGAAGUUCAAAUAGGAUAUGGCUGAGCAGCAUCGUGAACCUCCACCUGAGCUCGAGUUGGAACAGCAAAUUCAACUCAUUAAGAAACAACAACAAUUACAACAUCAGAUCCUCCUGCAACAGUUCCAACGUGAACAACAACACUUGGCUGAGCAGCAUGAGCAACAACUGCGCCAGCAUUUGGAGCAGUAUUGGGAGAGACAGAACCAACUGAAGGAGCUGAGGCAACGUGAGCAGCUGGAGAUUCUGCGAAAAAAGGAAAAACAUGAAGAAAGUGCGGUCGCCAGUACAGAAGUUAAACAAAAACUGCAAUCAUUUCUGCGACAGAGGGCUUCGGGUAUCAAGGGGUCCAGACCUGAAAACUCUUGUUGGUCGGAGGGUAUGGAUACUGGCUCCGAAACCUCAACAACAAACAACGAUUUUCCAUUACGGAAAACAGCCUCCGAACCCAACCUGCUGAAGGUACGCUUAAAACAGCGUGUCAUGAAACGGAUGCCGCCCUCGCUCAAAAAAAGACUGCUCAGUUCGCGCUUGCCGCCUAGCGAGUCGCCGCCUCAGGAACCGCCCAAGGAGCUCAGCCCGCCUUGCGAGUCCGAAGAGUACCAAAGGCAUGCGCUGUUCAGCAGCCCGUCGAUGCCGAACAUUUCCCUGGCCGCCCACCACGUGCUCUCACCUGAUCUCUCCGAGGCCGCCGUCAGGGCAGCUUGCACCGCAAGGCUAGGUAUGCCUUUGACCGGUCAAAUGCUCCCAGGCACCUUACCUUUCUACCCUUCGCUGCCCGCUAUCGAAAGCGAGCACGAAGAUCAACCCCUGGACACGAUCAGUGAGCUCCAGGAACCUCAAGUCAGGGGCGUAAUCAGACCGUUGGGUAGGACGCAAUCGUCCCCAUUGCCGCUGGGCCACCCGCUACUGGGAGGCCCGCCGCCUCCCGAUCUUCCCCCACCGCUACCGCCCCUACCACCCGCCGAAGAACAGGAGCAGAGAGAUUUGGAACUGAGAGCAAAUGAGUCUAGAAGUAUACGGCCGCUGUCCAGAGCGUUAAGUUCACCUGUAGUACACCUAGGACCCCCAGGAGAAGGCCCCACGUUGUCAAGGCGGAGAGCUUCAUCGGCGCCCACAACAGGUCUUGCUUACGACAACCAAAUGCUCAGGCACGCAUGCGUGUGCGGCAACAACGCCAUUCAUCCCGAACACGCCGGAAGGUUACAAAGUAUUUGGUCCAGAUUACUCGAAACUGGAUUGGUCUCCAGAUGUGAUAAGUUAAGACCUCGAAAAGCGACGCCUCAAGAGCUGCAAACUUGUCAUUCAGAAUCUCACGUUCUAUUAUAUGGAACCAGUUCGUUAAAUAGACAUAAAACAGAUAUGAGUAAAUUGAGCUCUUUGCCGGUUACCGCAUUCGUCAGACUUUCCUGUGGUGGAAUCGGGGUGGAUUCGGAUACCACUUGGAAUGAUAUACACACACCUCCCGCUGCAAGAAUGGCUGUAGGCUGCACCGUUGACUUGGCUGUUCGUACGUGGACAGGAGAUAUUAGGAACGGUUUUGCUAUAGUGAGACCACCGGGCCAUCAUGCUGAGCCACAGCAAGCCAUGGGAUUUUGUUAUUUUAAUUCUAUAGCGAUAGCUGCAAGAAUUCUUCAACGGGAGCACCGUGUUCACAAGAUACUCAUAUUCGACUGGGACGUACACCACGGUAACGGUACCCAAGAAAUAUUUUACGAUGAUCCCAGAGUCCUAGUCAUAUCCAUGCACCGACACGACGAUGGUAACUUUUUUCCCGGCACUGGUGGUGUAACGGAGUGUGGGACAGGAGCAGGAGUGGGAUUCAAUGUUAACAUCGCUUGGUCUGGUGGAUUGAACCCACCUCUUGGAGACGCUGAAUAUUUAGCUGCAUUUAGAAGUAUUGUUAUGCCCUUAGCAAGGGUGUUCGACCCGGACAUUGUCCUUGUUUCAUCAGGGUUUGACCUCACCGAAGGCCAUCCCGAUCCCUUGGGAGGAUACAAAGUAUCACCGGCAUGUUUUGGUUACAUGACACGCCAACUGAUGUCACUGGCUCGUGGACGAAUUAUUCUAGCUCUAGAAGGAGGAUACGAUCUGCCCUCGAUAUGUGACUCGGCCGAAGAAUGUGUCAGAGUUCUUCUUGGCGAUCAGCCUUCUCCCAUCAGUGCUAUGGAACUGUCUCGCAUUCCUUGCCACAACGCUAUACUGACAAUGCAAAAGGUCAUAGCAGUCCAUAGUCCCCGUUGGCCUUGUCUUCAAGAAGCUGCCAAGAGCGCCAUGUGUUCUUUCAACGACGCGAUUCGUAGCGAGAAAGAAGACAAAGAUACCAUCAACGCCAUGGCAAGUCUAUCAAUGCAACACCCCGUUACAAGCAUGGUCGUGUCGCCCAUCGGCUACCUUCCCACCAGCAGUCCACAAAACGUUAUUCGACCCAGCGCCUGAGACAGAACUUGUUAACGCUGUGUCGGAGGAGAUUUUUCUUUAUUUGAACGAAAAUUUAGAGGCCGCUAUGUACUAUGCAGUUGUCCUACGGGGUUUUGGGACGGAAAUUGCGACGAAACGUCGCAGGACAUCGCGUAUAUUAAGGCAUUUGAUGUUUACUAAAUGUGAGAAGUUGGUGCAAUGAAUUUAUGUAAUUUCGAGAAUUCCUAGGAAAUUUGUUAAAAGUGGGGGAUGUUGAUGUUACACGUGCAAAAAUUGGUGUUUUAAGAUUAUAAAUGUCGAACUGUUUGAAAUUUGGACGCCACUGGGCAAAGCUUGGAAGUUUCGUACGGCCUAAGGCAAUACACUAACAAGUUGUUAUUUAUUAAAUAUUAAAUAUAAAUAUAAACCGAAAGAAAAUCAUAUAUGAAUGAUUAAACAAUAUGCAAAUUAAAUACUAGUCGGGCUCCGUUUUUUAAUAUUCUCUUUGUAUACAGUCGCCCAAUAUUUUGAAAGUGUGUACUAUAGCGAUGUAGUGCAUUUAGAUCCAUAAUCAUAGCAAUCUAUGAUUGAUUUUAUAUAAUUAUUACCUUCUAGCUUACUAUAAUCAUUUUGAUCCGUAGGAUCCAGCUGGAUUUUAAAACUAAACUACAACGCUCUCUUCUAUUUGUUUGCGUCCAAUUUUGUGCAUAAGCUACUCCUUUGCAUAAAAAUAUGUGUUAUUUAUCAUUAAGCGUGCCCAAAUAUAGGGAUCUACAGUUUAAUGUCGAUUCUAAACGACCAAGAGGAGUUGUGUCAAUCAAAUUCAAUACUCGGUGGUUUUAUAGUUUAUUCGUCUUCCGGGUUUGGACCGUGUCAUUUGUGAGUGACCCAAAAGUGGGUUCAUCUCGACGUUUCGCUACAAUUGUAUGUAGCUUCUUCAGGAG